AGAGCAGGAAGUGCCAUGGAGACAAAGCAAGGCAAUGCCAUCAGGAUCAGUGCUAUGGGGACAGCGCAGGGCAGUGCCAUGGGGACAGCACAGAGCAUUGCCAUCAGGCUCCAUGCCGUGGGGACAGCGCAGGCAGUGCCACUGCCAUGUGUAGCACAGCAGGACCCACCGCCGGGGAUUAUAUCCCCCGUCCCCACCCUGCGGCAAGCGAUGCGUGGGAUCCUGCCGGUGACCUCAGCGUGCGAGCGGGGCGGCGGCGGAGCUGGCGGGGCGGCGUUUCUCAGCGCCGGUACGGGAGGGAGGGAGGCUCCGGCUGGAUUGAUGGGCUGUGAAGGGGGGCCAGGCAGAGGGGUGGGGGACAGGAGGGAAGGAAACGCUUCCUGGGUUGCGCUGAGCGAAUCCUGCUCCGACCUGCAGCCGGGAGGGCGCUGCUGCCGCCGCCGGCAGAGGCAGCGCUCGCCGACCCCCCCGGGAGCCGCGUCCCUGUUUGAUUGCAGCCGGAAAAAAAAAAGGUGCCGGGUUUGCCGGGCUCGCCUUCCUCUGGGCGACGGAACUUCGCCCCCAUUCCACCGCUCUGCCGGGUCGCCCCCGCCCCGCCCCAUCACCCGACCGGGCUUCGCAUUAUUAUUCCUCUCAGCACCGCCGGUGUUGUUCCGCUGGGCUCGGCUCGCUCCUCGGGUUCGUUGCGUGCUCCCGGCGCUAGGGAGAGCCGACAUGUCUUACCAGGGCAAGAAGAGCAUCCCCCACAUAACGAGUGACCGUCUGCUCAUUAAAGGUGGAAGAAUUAUCAAUGAUGACCACUCCUUCUAUGCAGACCUAUACCUUGAAGAUGGACUUAUAAAGCAAAUAGGAGAGAAUCUGAUUGUCCCUGGAGGAGUCAAGACCAUAGAGGCUAAUGGGCGCAUGGUUAUUCCUGGGGGAGUAGAUGUCAACACUUAUCUACAGAAGCCCUACCAAGGGAUGACUGCUGUUGAUGACUUCUAUCAAGGCACAAAAGCAGCGCUAGCAGGGGGCACCACCAUGAUCAUUGACCAUGUGCUUCCAGAACCUGGAUCAAGUUUACUGACCACCUUUGAGAAGUGGCAUGAGGCAGCUGAUACCAAAUCCUGUUGUGAUUACUCCCUCCAUGUGGACAUCACCAGCUGGUAUGAUGGCGUUCGAGAAGAGCUGGAAGUACUGGUGCAAGACAAAGGUGUGAACUCUUUUCAAGUCUACAUGGCGUACAAAGAUCUCUACCAAAUGUCCGACAGCCAGCUUUAUGAAGCCUUUACCUUUCUAAAGAGUCUUGGGGCUGUUAUCCUGGUCCAUGCUGAAAAUGGAGACUUGAUAGCUCAGGAACAAAAGCGUAUUCUGGAGAUGGGAAUCACUGGACCUGAGGGACAUGCCCUGAGCAGACCAGAAGAGCUUGAAGCAGAAGCAGUUUUCCGUGCCAUCACGAUUGCCAGUCGAAUAAACUGCCCAGUGUACAUCACCAAGGUGAUGAGCAAGAGUGCAGCUGAUAUCAUUGCACUGGCCAGGAAGAGAGGUCCCCUUGUUUUUGGAGAGCCGAUCACUGCCAGCUUGGGGACAGAUGGGACACAUUACUGGAGCAAAAACUGGGCCAAGGCUGCAGCUUUUGUGACCUCACCACCGCUGAGCCCUGACCCUACCACUCCAGACCACUUAAAUUCGCUCUUAGCAUGUGGGGACCUGCAGGUGACGGGAAGUGGACAUUGCCCCUAUAGCACUGCCCAGAAAGCCAUUGGAAAGGACAACUUCACUAUGAUUCCUGAAGGGGUCAAUGGAAUUGAGGAAAGGAUGACUGUUGUCUGGGACAAGGCUGUAGCCACAGGCAAGAUGGAUGAGAGCCAGUUUGUAGCUGUCACCAGCACCAAUGCUGCCAAAAUCUUUAAUCUGUACCCAAGAAAAGGCCGGAUUGCUGUAGGAUCGGAUGCUGAUGUUGUUAUUUGGGACCCUGAUAAGGUGAAGACUAUAACAGCCAAAAGCCAUAAAUCGGCUAUUGAGUACAACAUCUUUGAAGGAAUGGAGUGCCAUGGUGCCCCACUCGUGGUCAUAAGCCAAGGGAAGAUUGUGUUUGAAGAUGGAAAUCUGCACGUAAAUAAGGGAAUGGGCCGCUUCAUCCCUCGCAAACCUUUCCCUGAAUAUCUUUACCAGCGCAUCAAAAUCAGGAAUAAGGUGGGAGGACUGCAAGGAGUCUCCAGAGGAAUGUAUGAUGGGCCUGUGUAUGAAAUCCCAGCUACGCCAAAAUACGCAACUCCUGCACCCUCAACUAAAUCCUCCCCUGCCAAAAACCAGCCCCCACCAAUCAGAAACCUCCAUCAAUCCAAUUUCAGCUUAUCAGGAGCUCAGAUUGAUGACAACAACCCACGUCGUACUGGCCACCGCAUCGUGGCACCUCCCGGCGGGCGCUCCAAUAUUACCAGUCUUGGCUGAAAAAUGAUGAUGGACAGAAACACAAGGAUGAAGGAUCAUGGGAAUAAUGUCCAUUCCCUUCAAUAUCUGUGUUAUUGAGCCCACAGUUUUAUUUGGUACUAAUGGAAAUAAAAACUGAAUUGUCUUUUUUUUUUUUUUUUUGGUUUUUGUUUUUUUUUUUUUUGUAUAGGAAGAGGUGAUAAUAGUGUGGUGUGUUUGCUUGGAACUACUUGCCUCACAAUUGUGCUUUCAUGCCAUAGUCACCUUAAAGCAUGGUGCUUCCAUUGCCCCUUUAGUGACUACAGGUUUUAGCUUUGUCUCGUAACUGAAUGAUGGUUCCUUUGCACCCUUUCGCUGUAUUAGAGUAGUUAAUGCAUGUUACUGAGUUAUUUAUGCAAGUUGCAUUCUGUGAGUGAGUCCCUUUAGAACACAUUGCCAACAACUGACUAGACACAAUGCCAAGAUUAAUGUCUGUAUUUGAGAAACACCACCAAAAGCACUAAUGAAGGAAGAAAAUGGCCAUCUGGAAAGUAAGCAGUAGAGUAGUAUAGGCAGCUUCUGUUUAAUCUUUAAUUUAUUAUAAACCCAAGAAGCACUUCUCUCGAGACACAGAAACUCAUCGGGACACGUAAUGACAAAUGGUCUCCGUAGCACCUGUCUGUUCCCACUCGGUACAUUCCAAGUCUGUGUCCUUCUUGUUUCCAUUUUAGACAGAGCCAUAAUUUUUACAUACCAAUGCCAUUGCCACCCCUGCAGGGAUUUCUCCACCUGGGCAGUAGUGCUCUCCUUCUGCAUGAGAUUUUUGGUACUUACAGAUAAUCCAAGUUGCUGUCGGAUUUUUAAAGUUUUUUGUACAAAUUUUUUCCUUUGUAAUCACAUGCAUUUUUACUUACUCUACCGUAUCAAGAUCUACUAGUCGUGGUUCAAUUUCUGAAUUCAAAGCUUGUGAAAUAAAGGAAAUUAAUUGA